GUGCGGUGGGCGCGAUGGCGGCGGGGGGAGAGAGCUCGAGGAGCGGGCGCAGUGUCGUUUCGGGGCUGCUGAGCACCACGCUGAGCGGGCUCAACAGCGACUCCUACUGCGAGAUCAGCCAGUACCGCGACCAGCACUUCCGGGGCAGCCGGCAGCUGCAGGAGAAGUCCCUGAAGGUCUCCUCUACGCUGUAUGUGGGUAACCUGUCCUUCUACACCACCGAGGAGCAGAUCCACGAGCUCUUCGCCAAGUGCGGAGACGUCAAGAGGAUUGUGAUGGGGCUGGACAAGAUCAAGAAAACCCCCUGUGGCUUUUGCUUUGUGGAGUAUCCUUUGUGGUUCCCUGCCACAGACAGCCCGUUAUGCUCCAGGUACUACACAAGAGCAGAUGCUGAGAAUGCCAUGCGCUUUGUCAACGGCACACGACUGGAUGACCGCAUCAUUCGAACUGACUGGGAUGCAGGGUUUAAGGAGGGGCGACAGUAUGGAAGAGGAAAGACUGGAGGACAGGUGCGAGAUGAAUACCGGACAGACUACGAUGUUGGAAGAGGUGGCUUUGGCAAGAUCGUUCAGAUGCAGAAGGCGAGUCAUCAGCCUGCAGUCUAUUAGUUGCCUCAUGGAUCCUAGCUUGUAGAGGGCUUUGUCCUUCCAGAGCUAGCCCUGUUCUCAGAUUUUGGGUUGGGGUAGGGAGCGAGAUCCAAAUUCCAGCAAAAGGUGAGCCUCCUUAGUCUGUGGAUGUACGUGUAUUCGUUCCCCCUUCCUUCUGGGCUAGAGAGGAUGUUCUGUGCUGGUACAGGACAACAAGGGAAAAAAUGGAGGAUUCUGGGUGAGAAGAAAUGCAGCAUGUCCCACACGCCUUGUGCUAGGGUAGUCUUCACAUUGCAGCUCAGCAUGUGGCUUCCUUCCAGCUCUGACUGCAGCCAUACGUUCUCUCCUGUGAAGCUUAAAAGCUUACCACCAUCAGAGCCCUCCAGGUGCCUGGGCACCUUCUGCAGGUAGAUAAGAGAUUGAGGUUUCUAAUUUACAACCUCACCUGCUUACAAAGCUGUAUCGCUCUUUGGCUGAGAGAAGUGGAACAAGGUAUUAGCAUCCUCUUGGAGGUGCUUGUCUGCACAUUUAGCCCCUGGGUUGGUCAGGGCCUGCAGAGCAUUUCUCUUUGUGAUGCCCAAAGUGCUGUGUGGCUUUUCAGAUCCUCACUGUUCAUUGGGAUUUUGUUAAAAGUGGCUUGUAAUGUUUAAAUAAACAAUUGGAGUGUAUCUGGCUGAGAUGGAGUUAAUUCAACGCCUAGCAGCCCUCCUAGUGCUGGGCUUUGUAUUGCUAACUAGGUGUUGAAAGCACAUCAGUGUUUUGGCUGCUGCUGCUGAGUGCUCCUCAGCAUCAAGGCUGUACAUCCAACACUCCCCCAUCACCAGUAGGCUGGGGCUGGGCAAGAUCUUGGGACAGAACAGCGUCAGGACAACUGACCCCAACUAACAAAAGGAAAUACAUUCUUCCCUGUGAGGGUGCUGAGGCGCUGGCACAGGGUGCCCAGAGAAGCUGUGGCUGCCCCAUCCCUGGCAGUGCUCAAGGCCAGGUUGGACACAGGGGCUUGGAGCAAGCUG